AUCCCCUUCUCUCCCUUCCCUUCCUUUCCCGUUUCCUGUCCCUUUCCCUUGUGUGUGAUUUACAGUCAGUCAGUCCCCUCUCUCCUCCCUACCUCUCCCCUGUGUGUGUGUGUUUCAUCGCACAUUAGCCGCUUUCCUUCUUUGACUCUCUCUCUCUACAUUUCAGCGCUGUGUUGGACCUUCCCUGUAGUUGGGCUUGUAGAUCGCCUUUUCUAUCUGUUUGUUUAUUUACUUACUUUCAAGGAUUUUGGGUUUUGGGUUUUGGACCUUAGCGGAUGCAUUGGAGGUGUAGGAGUUUCCAUUCCGUAGUGUGAUGGUUAGUGACGAGAGGAAUGACGGGGGAGGGGAUGUGAAGGAAGAGCCGGGGAAUGGCGUGGUCUCGGAUAGAAAGAGACGAUCGAGGGAUUCUAAUGAGGAGCGUCCUCGCGGGGAGGACUGGCGGAAGAAGGAAAGAGACGAGGGGCAUGGAGAGUGGAGACGGAAAUCCGACAGGAGGGACUAUCGUCGGGGGCACCACCGUGGCGGGAGCAGGAAUGGUGACUCUAAGGAGCGCGGAAACCGUGAACCCAUUUCCAGUUAUGAUAGCCUGGUCAGCACUGAUAGGAAGAAAAAGCGGAUUGAUGAGAAGGAAAAGCAGGCAUGUACAAUUUUCGUGGGCGACUUGGAUUCCUACACUUGGCUGAGCAGCUGACGGGGUUGUUUAUGAAGUUCGGAGGUGUCCACAGCGCGAAAAUCAAAGAAAACAAUUGCUACGGUUUCGUGACAUUUGAAAAGCGCGAGUGUGCCGAAGCUGCUCUCUCUGCUGGCAAACAACCGGACGGCAUUGAGUUGCUGAACGGCAAGCAGGUAUAUAUAUCAUGGGCACUUGGAUCCCUCCCUGAGUGGAAAAAGGGUAUCGGUGGAAGAAGGCAUGCUUGUACAGAAAAGCCGGUUGGUGGGAUUGCCAAUGUUACACCUUUUUUCCACCAAGUAUCGCAUGAAACUGCUUAUUACAAUUUAUUUGAACGUUUUUUCAAAUCAGUAAGAAGAAAUGAUCAAUGGCCGUGCACAGUUGUUACAAAUGGAAAUAAUGUGCAGAAUGUGAACAAUCUCUUCAUGUUGUACAGCAGCAUUUCUCAAUCAAACUAUCAAACAAAUCUUGUUUCGCACAAAGCAAAAGUGCAGCUGGUGGUUGAAUUGAAUUGUAUUCAAUGAACAUACAGAAACAAACAUAGUUAUUUUCUUCCGAAUUGAAGCAUAUCAGUUAGCAAUGUGAUGCAUACAUCUUUUCGUGCCGUCCCAAAUGAUAGGUACCGUCCCAAAUGGUUACGCAGUUAUCAGAAAGUGCUCAUUGAAAUCGUUGUACGUAAUAUGACACGAUUCCUGGUCCACAAACUCACACCUGAGACAUGUUCCAGAACCGACGCUGGUUCCCAGCCCCUCAUAGACAAAGAUGGAAUAGCCUUAAGAACAAAGUAAAAGGAGGGACCUACUGUGUGGUGGAAUCAGGAGCAUCGCCCCCGAAGCUACCGCCCCCACGACCGAAACCGCCACCUCGUCCACCACGGAAUUCAGGACGGUACUCUCCGGGGGCACCACCCUUCUCUCCACCAAAGCCGCCUCCACGGCCGCCACUUCUUUGGUAGCCUUCCCUGUCGCCACCAAAUCGAGGCCUCUCGCCUUCCCUAGGAGGGCAGCCGGGGGGUCUGUCCCCUCCAGCACCUCCCAUGGGCCUGCUGGGGGGGCGUGCAGACUUCUUCAAAGUAGCAGGGACAAUUUCGGAUGGGAGGUUGAGGUAGGCCCUCAAGUGCUCGAUACCGUCAUUGGUCAAAUACCUGCAGUAAGCCGUAUCAGAAAACUGGCGAAUCUAAAAAUUGAUCU